AGGGAGGUGAUAUGUAAUCAAGACUGGAAUCAAGUGCUUCAUUUUGUUAAAAAGAAAUAUUCUUGGAGGUGAUUGUAGAUAAGUAGUUCAUGAUCAAAAUGCAGAAAGGUGUCAGGAAAUUUCUCAUCUGUAGUAGCGCAAGAGAUCAUGCAGCUAAGCUUUCGAAGGGCCUCAGCAGUAUCUGUGACAUCAAAGAACAUAAUCUUUUGAACGCUUCGGAGCUAGCGUUCAAGCUUCAGAGUAGAGGCUUCUCUCUGGCAAUGGAAAUGUGGAACAUAAUCACACAAAAAAAGGAAAUGUGGAACAUAAUACUCUGACAUCCUCCACCAAUUAAAUUAUGUGAACGGUAGCUGUCAUACAUACAUCUAGUCAUAUACUCCUAGGGACUAACCUCACUGGCUUGGCUUGAAACCAAAUCAACAACCUUUUUAUGAUAAUAAAGAUGUAUCCACCGGGUCAAACUUGAAUCAGUCAAUUGCCUCCGAGUCUACAAAAGCUAAGAACCAGACGAACAUGGCACCUGAUUAUGUGAGAGCAAUUGUGCAAGCCAUCUUCGAAUCUCAUCAACUAUGCAGGCAGGGCAUAACCGGGCAUUCACCACCGGCCAUGGAGGUUUCUCUAGCUUCAACCAUGAAUUUCAGUCAGAUCCUGGGUUCUCUGUGACCUCCACCUACACACCUCGUUCUCGUGUGGUCAACAAGGUCAGGAGCUCAAGAUCAUUCUGGGAAGUAGCUGGUGCCAUUGUAGGGUCAUGCGCAAACUGUUCUGCUCCUCGUCGAUUUAAAGUCAAGGAAGGCCACGAGAAUCCACCAACUGAUGGCCAUGAUGUGUCUGUUAGUUCCAUAGUCUCAAGAAUUUCAUCAGCAAGUAGCUCAAGCACUAAUACAUCCAGACUGGGAAGCGACAACAGCCAAAAGAAGUCAUGGCAAGAGCAAUUCUCGUUUCAGGAAAUUUGCAAGGCUACUUCAAACUUCAGUGAACAAAACAAAAUUGGGUUAGGGAAUUUCGGCACUGUGUAUAAGGCGACACUCAGGGAUGGAUCCAUCAUAGCUGUAAAGCGGGCAACUAAGAACAUGUACGGCGGGCAUCUAUCUUCAGAGUUUAGAAGUGAAAUCCACACACUGUCAAACGUCGAACAUUUGAACUUGGUGAAGUUUAUUGGGUACGUGGAGUACGAGGAUGAACGCCUAAUUAUGGUUGAGUAUGUCAAUAACGGAACACUUCGACAGCACUUGGACGGAUCUCGAAGAGAACCAUUGGAAUUUUCACAGCGUCUCAACAUUGCUAUUGACAUAGUUCAUGCCAUUGCCUACUUACAUGGAUACACAGAUCAUCCAAUCAUCCACCGUGACAUCAAGUCGUCCAACAUUCUCCUAACAGAGCACCUACGAGCAAAGCUUGCCGAUUUUGGCUUCGCACGCCUAGCCCCAGACAACCCUGAAGCGACCCACGUCUCAACGCUAGUGAAGGGGACGGCCGGAUACGUGGACCCUGAUUACCUGAGCACGAACCAGCUCACCGACCGCAGCGAUGUCUACUCCUUCGGCGUCCUCCUCGUCGAGCUCAUCAGCGGCCGACGCCCUAUCGAGCGCGGCCGCGGCCGCCGCCAACGCCUGACCACUCAAUGGGCGCUGCGGAAGUGCAGGGAGGGCGACGCGGUGGUGGCGAUGGACCCCCGGAUGCGGAGGAGCAGCGCGGCCGUGGCAGCGGUGGAGAAGGUGAUGGCGCUGGCGGCGGAGUGCACGGCUCCAGAUCGCGCGGCGCGGCCGGCCAUGCGGCGGUGCGCCGAGGUGCUCUGGUCCGUGAGACGCGACUUCCAGCACGAGCAGCAGCGCGCGGCGGCCGCAGCCGCGGGCGCAGGAGCAGGAGCGAGGCGGCACGAUGGCUCGACGUACGCACCGCCGUCGGUGACGAGUACGACGUAGGAGAGGUUGAGAAGCUGAGAUGCUUUCAGACACGAAGUUGACGAGAACACGAUGGAAAUUGGUGCGGACUGCCGUUGACUUGGUUGAAAAACUCGAUCACAGAGAGAGCCUUAAAAGGAAAACUGGUUUUGUAGCAUUUCAAAUUCGGACUAAACCAUUGCAGCAUUUUGGCUCAUUUUUAGUACCCGUGAAGUUUGCCUUUGAUUCGUA